AUGGCCACCAAGACAUCGGGCGGCAAUGCCGCUUUCCACAACUUCCACAACGACUUCGCUCACAUCCAAGACCCCAACGAGCGACGACGACUCGCCCUCGCCGAGAUCGACAAGGCUCCUUUCGGCUGGUACCACAUCCGCGCCAUCGUGGUCGCCGGCAUUGGUUUCUUCACCGAUGCCUACGACAUUUUCGCCAUCAACUUGGUCGUGGCCAUGUUGGGUGUUGUCUACUGGCAAGGCGCUGAAAAGAAUCCCGGCAAGAUCCCUUCCAACUCAGACACCGCUAUCAAGGUGGCGACUUCGGGCGGUACCGUUCUUGGUCAGGUCGGCUUUGGAUGGCUCGCCGAUAUCGUGGGCCGAAAGAGAAUGUAUGGGCUCGAGUUGAUCAUCAUCAUCUUUGCGACGUUGGCCCAGGCUCUGUCUUCUGCUUCUGCCGCUGUCUCUGUUGUCGGUGUCCUCAUCUUCUGGCGUGUGAUCAUGGGCAUCGGUAUCGGUGGUGACUACCCGCUUUCCAGCAUCAUCACAUCCGAAUUCGCUACCACCAAGUGGCGUGGUGCCAUGAUGGGUGCCGUCUUCGCCAUGCAGGGUAUCGGUCAAUUCUCCGCUGCCAUGAUCGCCUUGAUCGUCACCGCCGGCUUCAAGGAGUCCCUCAAGACGGCCAAGACCGUCGACAAGUGUGACGGCGUUUGCCUGCUUGCUGUCGACAAGAUGUGGCGUGUCGUCAUCGGAUUCGGCGCUGUCCCCGGCUGUGUCGCCUUGUAUUUCCGUCUCACCAUCCCGGAGACUCCUCGUUACACUUUCGAUGUCGCCCGUGACUCGGAGAAGGCUGUCGAAGACGUCAAGGCGUACAAGAGCGGCAAGGCCGAGGGCCACCCGGACGAAGUCAGCCGCGCUGCCGUUCUCCAGGAUUCCCGUACUCGUCUUGCAGCCCCCAAGGCUUCGUGGUCCGAUUUCUGGAGACACUACUCUCAAUGGAGGCACGGAAAGGUGCUUCUGGGAACGGCCGGGUCCUGGUUCUUCCUCGACGUUGCCUUCUACGGCCUCGGUCUCAACAACUCGAUCAUUCUGCAGGCCAUCGGCUACGCCAAGGGCAGCGACGUGUAUGAGAUCUUCUACAACACGGCCGUCGGCAACCUGAUCAUUGUCUGCGCCGGCGCCAUCCCGGGUUACUGGGUGACGGUCGCGACCGUCGACACCAUCGGCCGCAAGCCCAUCCAAAUCAUGGGCUUCGUCAUCCUCACCAUCGUCUUCGUGGUCAUCGGCUUUGCCUACCACCACCUGCACGAGGGCGGCCUGCUCGCGCUGUACGUCAUUGCCCAGUUCUUCUUCAACUUUGGCCCCAACGCCACCACCUUCAUCGUGCCCGGCGAGUGCUUCCCGACGCGCUACCGCUCCACGUCGCACGGCCUGUCGGCCGCCUCGGGCAAGGUCGGCGCCAUCAUCGCCCAGUGCGUGUUUGGACCCCUCAAGACCAAGGGCCACCCGACCAAGGCGAACCCGACCCCCUGGGUCAACCACAUCAUGCAGAUCUUUGCCCUGUUCAUGCUGUGCGGCAUCUUCACCUCCCUCUUGAUCCCCGAGACGAAGCGCAAGACCCUUGAAGAACUCGCGGGCGAAGUCCCCGGUACGCCCAACUACGAUCCUGAAUCCGCCGGCCACCGAAAGGACUCUUAUGUUCCUCCUUCGUCGGCCAACGGUGUCACCGAGGAUAUUGAGGCUCAAACUGCAGAAAAGACUGUCUAG